GAUUCUCCCAUUUCUGAAUCUCAGAUUAUUCCUUGUUUCCGUCUUUCAAUCUCAUUUCUCGACCUGGGUUUAUGUCUCAGCUCUUAAAGCUUGCUUGAUUUCUGCGUUUCUAGAUACUUUUUUUCGCUGUCUCGAUCCGCGUUCGCUUACAUAACAUGUGUUACCAUUUAUGACCAACACAAAUGGAGACGCAGAAAACUCAAGCUGAAAACCCGCCAAAACCGGUCAUGUCUUCAUGUAGAAAGAAGGCAAAGGAUGAUGCCAAUUUCCUAGAAGACGUGAAAGAUCACAUCGAUGAAUUCAUCAAUGCCUCCAUGGAUGAUCACAAGAAUUGUUUCAACAAGACCAUCAAGAAGAUGUUUGGAUUAUCAAAGGCUGUUGCUGAUAAGCAGGAAGCUGAAGCUAAAGGAGUCGAGAGUUAUUUGCCUCUUCAGACAACAGUCUUGGAUUAGAGAAACCGGAAUGAUUGAAUCAACCCUAUAACAGGAUCUUAGUUCGGUUUACUUUUGGUUUACCAAUGUUUGUUUAUGGGUUAGGCCCAUUUAUUACGUUUACGAUAAUAAAUAAAUCUAAGAUGAAAACU